CCUCAGCCUGUCACUACCGUUACUAUAGAAACGAAGCACAGCCCGCCGUGGCUAAUGUUUGCUAGCUGUCAACAGUGUCGGAACACGUAGUUUUUGUUAAUUUGUCCAAAAAAUGGAGGAUCGCUAUGCCUUUCUUGCUGAGUGGUAUGACCCCACUGCAGCUCUCCUGCGGCGCUAUCAACUGUUCUACUACCCCAAAGAUAGCUCGGUGGAAAUGUUUGAUGUAAAAAACCAGCGGAUAUUCUUGAGAAGGACCAAAUAUGACGACAUCCAUCAAGAGGACCUGUUUGUCGGGAAUCGAGUGAACGUGUUCUCACGGCAGCUGAAUCUGAUUGAAUACGGAGAUCAGUACACAGCAAACAAACUCGGCAGCAAAAAAGAAAGAACUCUAGCUGUGAUAAAGCCAGAUGUCGUCACCAAGAUCGGAGAUGUCCUUGAACUGAUAUACGCCUCCAACCUGAUUGUGACCAAAGCCAAAAUGACAACGCUGACAUGGAGGCAAGCGGCAGACUUUUAUGCAGAACAUCAGUCAAAGCCUUUCUUCAAUAACCUGGUGCAGUUCGUGUCCUCGGGCCCUGUGGUUGCCAUGGAGCUGAUGGGUGAUGAGGCCAUGUCUAUCUGGAGGAGGCUCCUGGGACCUGCAGACCCUGCUGUGGCGCGGAAGGAGGCGCCGCAAAGUGUCCGUGCCCAGUUUGGAACAGAUGGCAUCAAAAAUGUUGGUCAUGGCUCUGACUCACUUGCUGCAGCAGCGAGAGAGCUUGAAUUUUUUUUCCCAUCCACAAUUGGCCACGGUCCUUCAAAUACAGCCAUUUAUACAGACUGCACAUGCUGUAUCAUCAAGCCACAUGCCAUAUCAGAAGGUCUGACCGGGAAGAUCCUGAACUCCAUAUCUGCAGCUGGAUUUGAAAUCUCAGCCCUUCAGAUGUUCAACGUGGACCGGGCGAACGCAGAAGAGUUCUUUGAAGUGUACAAAGGGGUUGUCACGGAGUAUCCUAGUAUGGUGACAGAGCUGUGCUCCGGACCCUGCAUGGUCCUUGAGAUCCAUGGCACCGACACGCCGCAGACAUUCAGGGAAUUCUGUGGACCUGCUGAUCCAGCUGGCGGGUCCGUCCUCUCCCUGCAUGCUGCAGCCUUCUCCUCAUCCAAAGUAAGAACCCUACCUUGUGAGACAUGGUGUUUUCAGCUGGAAAAAAAUUGUUGUCGUUAAGGUAAGCUAGGAUAUAAUUUCAUUUAUCCUGAGUGAAAUUGCUGUGCAGCAGUUGCAAUACAAAGUUAAGAGUGCAACAUACAAUAAGCCUAAAAUAACAUAACAGCAGGUGCCAAAUAUAAGGAUUAGAUAAUAGUAAGAUGCAAAUAUGAUGCAAUUCAAUAUAUACACUAUAAACAGUGCCACAAUCAGGUUGCCAGUAUAGAUGACAAAUAUUGUAGGGUUGCUUAUGAACAUGUUGUGUUGUUAGUCAUGCCCUCUUCUGGAUGAAAUUAAAUCCCUUUGAUGAUUCUCUGAUUUUUCAUCCAGCACCAGAAUCAGGUCAAAAAUGUUUUUGUGCAAGUGUUGAUUUACGUCCAAGUAUCUGCAAAACAGAUCCCAUCAGCCUCAGCUCUGCUCUCUGUUUUGUGCUAAUUAGAAAAUCUUAAUAUGCUAAAUUAAAAUGGAGAACAUGGUGGA